AGGUUCGACAACAGGACUGAUUAAAAUUGGGUCAUACUUUUCUGUGAACACGACAGCUCCACAGUUUCCUUGACGCAAGCGCGCUGCUGAGAUGACGCCGCCGCCGCCGCGCCGCCGUCGAUGUUGCGUUGAUGGGUGAAUCUCUCCCAGGUUUGAAUAUGUUACAAGAAUAUUAAAUCGUGGAAAAUGUCCAGAAAAUUAUGAGAAAUGGAGUGCGAGAAGGAGGAAGACGCCUUUAAUGAGCCUUUAUGUGACACGUUUACCUGUGGACAAUGUGUGGAACAGUUCUAUGAUUUACUGGAUUUCCUUUCUCAUCGGUUGCAACAUACCAAGGAAGAAAAGAGUAGUCGGUGUGAGUUAUGCAGGAAGAGGUUCACCAGUAUAAUAAUUACUAUACGACAUUAUAAACUUCACCAUGCCAUUGAUGUCUUUGACAAUACCAACUGCUUCAACAACAGUAAAGCGUCUUCCGAGUUAGAAGAAUAUCAAAAACUUAUUGAACAAAGAAAUAAGUACCUAAAAGGUGGCAAAGACUAUCAGUUUCAGCUUGUCACGGAACAUGUCAAAAAGGGAGAGAAUUUUCAGUAUUCUAAGCAGGCGUUUUGCUGCAUUCAUUGCAACCACAAAUCAUACACAGUUGCAGUACUUAGUAAACAUAUGUUUGAGAAACAUGGAACGUUAAUGGAUAAUGAGACCACCAAGAAAAAUGACUUGCACGAUAAAAACAGUAAAGCUGGGGAGGUUGUCUGGCUGUCCGAGUAUAUCAAAAGGAAUGCAGAAAGACAAGAGACUCCACCGCCAAAGCCACGGACUCCACCGAGGCGAACACCAUGUAAGGAAAGGCUCGGUGAGUUUCAGUGCACAACUUGUGGGAAGACAUUUAAAAGGGCACGUUCUUUAAGGACACACAUGGAAAUUCACCGCACAGAAAGGAAUUUCCUCUGUGACGAAUGUGGUAAAGCGUUCAAAUCACAGACACGCCUCAAUGCACACAGGAAGGUGCAUCGCAAGAAGAUAUUCAUAUGUGCGCAUGCGCAGUGCAACUUUAGAUCUAAUGUGAAUAGUUUAAUACAUCAACACCGUCAGAUGCACCCGGCAGGAUGCGUGUUGUGUGAGAUUUGUGGAUUUGCUUACACAGACAAAUCAACACUGGCCAAACACAUGCAGGUGCACUCCCAAGACCGGCCAUUUGCGUGCACAUUUAAAAGCUGCACAUGGCGCUUCAAAACUGAGGCUAUGUGUAAGGCCCACAUACGGUCACAUUCUUCAAGCGGGAAAUUCAAAUGCCAAUCAUGUGGCUAUGUAUUCCGGCACAAGCAUCAUCUUCAUCGACAUGAGACUAACAUGCAUGGAACCAAGCUGUCGACUGCAGAAGAAUUACUGCCACAGAAAGAGCAAGAAGAGGAACCAUCAUCCUUUGUUGUUUGGCAUAAUGCCACACAAGAACGGGUGAUUUCGUCAGGUAGCAACACAGUAGCAGUUCCUCUGGAAGUUUUCCUAACGACAUUGCCACCAUCAACAACCCUCUCCUGAAUCGCAUCACUGUGUAUGAUUCGCUUAAGUUUAUUGGGUUUGCAGGGGCACAAGAUUAGUUUCAUCUGGGGAGGGGGGUGCGAAAAUUGAGAAUGCAGAACUGAGGGCGGCAAAAAUUGAAAGUGCAGAAGUAAAUCCCUAUUCCAAUGAAAACCUAAUGUCAUAUUUUAGUAUUUGAACUCGCUUUGUGAUACUAAUUUGCUGCCAUGGGAGGAUGCGUACGCAACCCACAGCCUACGCCCAUGGUAUAGUUAACAACAGAAGAAAUGGCUUGUCUGAAUAGUCAGAUGAAUUGUAUCACUUACAUCCUUACUAAAGUCAUUCUGAAAUAACUAUGAUUCAUUGUAUUUUUUAUGGUGCCAUUAAAAAGUUUUGUAUAACAAGUUAAUUUAAAUUUCUCCAAUAAAAUGGAGAAUUAUGUCGGUUAAUCAGAAAUAUAUAUGUUGCAAUUUUGUAAUCGAAAUAAAUUGUUAGAAUGUAAAUUACAAUUCAAGUUUUAUUCCGUAUAAUAUGUUAGACUUAUUUAGCGCUUAAUGCCAACCAGGCCUCUAAGCAAUUCACAUUAGUACACCGGUAUGAUGUACUGUUGUUAUACAAAAAAUAAAAGAAUCUAUAAUGGUUCUUGCUGGGAUGUGAACAAAAUUCAGUACUUAGAAUUUAUUUUUGACAAAAUCGUGCGACAUGCCUAUAUAUGGUCAUGGUGACCUCACAUCAUGACCAUAUAUAGGCACAUCAUUACUAUAUAUGGGCAUACAACAGUUUUUUUGUCAAAGAAAAUUUGAUAAUCUGUACAGAGCUUUACAAUUAUUAAGUUAAUAGUUUUAAAUUAAAAUUUGAAUGACAAUAUUUUCCUCAACAAAUUGCCUUGACUAAUGGAUAUGUAGAAAAAAGUAGUUCUCAUUUCAUCCCUUUCCUAAAAUAUUAUUAUGAAAUUAUUAUCGUAUAAUCCCUCCAUUAAAAUUAAUGUAGCUAAUAUAAAAUUAUUAGAUUAUUUUUUUAUAUCAAUGUAAACAUACUGAAAUUUAUAUACCAGUAUGUAUGUGGGUGGCAUAUUACAGAUGGCGAAAUUUUUGGAAUACGACUUGCACAAAUAUCUUUACUUAAAAUGUUAUUAUGGAGUUUUCGAUUGCACAAGACAGAUGUA